AUAAAUCCAGAGGAGGAGACGUUACAAGCGACGCCGGCGCUGCAUGAAGUCGAACGCACCUACAGACAUGCGCCUGUGUUGUGGUUCAAUUUUUUUAAACUUUCUGUUGUACGUAUCAAGAAUACUGAGUCAACCUAGAGCCAUACUGAGUCAACCUAUUUAAAAAGGAUGUAUUAAAAGCAAAUCCUUUUGGGUGCCAUUUUUCGAAAUCCCAAUGGGAAAUACAUUUGAUUUAAUGCAACGCGUUGGUUGCAUAAGCUUUAGCAUUAGCGUGUAGCAUUUUUCUGUUGCCGACCUGCCGACCCGGUUGCCUGUACAAUUUUUUGGACCAAUAAAUGUCGAAAGUACUGCUGCCUACAGCGCCACUUAACGAAGACUUAACGACAUGGUUUGGACUAUCUCUAGACACUAGCCUUGGAACUAGAGCUAUGGUUCUGCUGGCACCAGACGAAUCUGCGAGCUCAUGUUUGAAUUCGCUCUGGCAUAUCAGGCAAUAGCCUACAUGGCAGACAAGUAUUUGGGAGGCAACUACAAAUGACUGGUCUUGGAGAUAUCACGUGAUUGGAAGGAAACUCGCCGCCCUUCGUGACGUUUAAAAAACUGGUGGACUAUGGCACCCGAGUGUCGUCAGGGUGUAGAAGCUCUCUGUGAUACAGUGUAGAUCACGCAGUUGACAGUGUAUUUUUGAGGAAUGUUUGUCAUUUUCUAUUCAGAUUUUUAUGCGUACGAUGGUAAUGCGGAGCUUUGACGAAUACGGCAGGCUAUCCAGAUGCUGCCGUCCUCAGCGUAAUUCCAAGAAAAUGCAGCAGAGAAAGACGCCGUAUCCGGAGCUUUAUGUUUAUUAAGAAGAAAUGAAAUAUUCACUUCCAACUUUUUUUUUAUUGUUACAGUGUUCCUAUGCAGCUUUGUACGUACUACCUGCUCCUCUCAAUGUUUCCGUUGACUCGCACAACUUCCACCACAACCUCCGAUGGGUCCCGGGCCCUGAAACGCCUCGGGGAACCACCUACAAGAUGUGCAGGCUGCAGGGGAAAAUAUGCAAACCUGUGAAAAAUCCGCUGAAAUUGCAGCCGUUCAGCACACAUACUCUGUGCGUUUGGGCAGUAUACAAUCAAACAGAGUCCAAGAAAGCCCAGACUGUUUUCACUCCCUUUACAGAUACUGUCAUCAGUUCGCCAAAUUUUACUUUGACCGGAUGUGGCAACUGUACUGGCCUUGAACUUGAGAUCUCUCCUCAGCCUCUCCCAGAUAAGGAACAUUAUUUUAAGAAUAAAACAAUUCAGGACUUGUAUGGAGGGCAUUACUCCGUAUUAUGGAAGAAAGCUGGAGACACAAAGAUUAUAAAUGAUGCAAAAAUCUCCGAAUUGAAGCUUGAACUAAAGGACUUGGAACCAGGUGUGAAAUAUUGUGUACAGGUGCGCCUGGUCACUAAUAGCAAUCCCAAAACACUUUCCUCGGAGUGGGCAUGUGCUUAUACCAGUGUGAGGCAGAGCCAAGUGCCAGCUAUUCUCUUGGGGGUGUCAGCUCUGAUCAUACUGGCCAGUGUAACCUUACUGGUCCUGGGGUUUGGUCUGGUGUACACCGGCUUCCUCUGGAAGCUGAAGGCCCAUCUACCCAGAGCACUCCUGGAGAGUCACCAUUUACAGCCUCAUCCCACACGCUCGGCUACGCUAGUCCACUACUACAUCCUCACCCCAGAGAGGACGAUCCCUGACCUGGUCUCCAUCGACUCGCCGCCACAGGAACUGGUGAAGGGCGUCAGGACAAAACCGGACACAGCCAGAAUCAACCCAGACCUAACUACCUCAGAUGAAGAGGAGGAGGAGGAGGAGGAAGAGGACAAUGGUAACCAUGGCUACAUGGAUCGGCCUGUUGGGUUCCGCUCAGACUCGAACUCCGGUAGAGAAUCCCAGGAUGCAUCAGGAGGGGAGGGUGUGCCCCUUCCCGACGUUGCAAGGGAUUCUGGGGGCUUGAGUACUGAGGUAGAGGCAGAGGAGGGGGAGGUGUCUGUGGGUGGGGCUGUGCUCAGAAGUUCCACUGAGACUGAGGUCAAAGAUUAUUCGGUGAAGGCCUCUAUCUGCCUCGAGGAUUUAGCCACAAUCGCACAACAUGAGAUGGGGGGGGGGGGGAGGGAGGGAGACACAUUAGAGGAGCCGGAAAUGCCGGGAAACGUCAAUCUGUUCACCGUGACUCUGGGGAGAAUAGCGAUAGAUGAAGAAGAGGAGGAGGAGGUGAAUCAAACAACUUCUCUUUUGGACAAUCUGUUAUCAAAGCAGCAGCCUUUGCUUGCAGAUGUCAGAACAAAUGCAAGUCUAGACAAUAUGGGAUCCCAGAAUGAGAUACAGACAGACAGCCCGUGGACGUCCUCUGAUUAUGAUGGACGGGACAGGCACUCUGGGUACCUUGCUUCUCACACAGGAAGAAUGCAGACAGGUAGUGAUGAGGAGGAGGAGGAGGAGGAGGAGGAAGAAGAGGAGGAAUGUUCAGGUUACAUGGGGCGUUGAAAUGUGUAUCACAUAAUCCAUCCACCAUACGGAGCAAGUUCUGUUAUACAUUCCUGUAUUAAGUUGUUAAUAAAAAAAAAAUUGUUCGACUGUGGAUGCAAAUGCUUGUCUGGGGUGGGUUGACAGUGACACUGUCAGUGUGUGUGUGUGAGUGAGGGAGGGA